UGCGGUCAGGGCUGGUGGUACUUUCUCGGCCAUGAGAGUCACCAAGUGCGACAGUGAUCGUCUCUGCUGGUUACUUGGGCUAUAUGGGAAUGGGAGUAUGGCGAAGCAAAAUUAGCACCGAAAUAUGUACUAAUUAUAUAUAGAUAUAUAUAGAAUAGAAGAGAGACGCGAAAGGUACUUUUCGGCCGAGAGGAGGAGCGAUGGAAGGUAUCGGCUCCUGCUUCCGUGGAUUCUCGGCGGUGUUCAACGGGUCUUGCAUCAGGGAGGGGAUUGCCGGCUCCUUGUCGCGCUCACCCCACUUCUUCGCCCCGCCCAUAAGUCGCAUCAGACGCCCUCUAUCGAUCUUCUUGUCAUUGCCGUCAUCACCAGCCCAGCGCAGCACCCCCGUCAGGAGAAGAAGGAAGAGAAAAGCUGUGCUUCAGCCUAAGGGAAGACCGAAAAGGGAUGAUGCCUCGUGCGUGCCGUCGGCCGAGGAGGCUUCCAUCCGCGUGGGGACGCUCUACCAGAAUGGGGAUCCCUUAGGACGGAAGGAGCUUGGCAAGUGUGUGAUCCGUUGGAUCUGCCAGGGCAUGCGCUCUAUGGCCUCCGAUUUCGCCUCCGCCGAGCUCCAGGGCGACUUCCCUGAGCUCAGGCAGCGCCUAAUCGGAAAUGCUGCUUCUACAGGGAGUCUGGCCUUCGUCAUCCAGGCCCAGCCUUAUCUGCACGCUGUCCCCGUGCCAAAGGGCCUUGAGGCCCUCUGUUUCAAGGCCUGCACGCAUUACCCCACCCUCUUCGAUCACUUCCAACGUGAGCUUCGUGAUAUCCUCCAGGACCUCCAGCGCAAGUCCGUCUUCUCCGACUGGCGCUCCACCGAGUCCUGGAAGCUCCUUAAAGAGUUUGCCAGCUCAGCACAACAUCGUGAAGCUGUGCGGAAAACUCCCCAUGCCAAGCCUGUACAUAGUGGUCUAGGAAUGGAGCUGGGGAAGGCUAAAGUAAUACAAAGCAGGAUAGAGGAAUUUGUAGACCACAUGUCCGACCUUCUGCGCAUUGAACGUGAUUCAGAACUGGAAUUUACACAAGAGGAACUGAAUGCUGUUCCCACUCCUGAUGAGAACUCAGACUCAUCAAAACCAAUUGAGUACCUCGUUAGCCAUGGGCAGGCUCAACAAGAGCAAUGUGACACGAUUUGCAAUCUAAAUGCGAUUAGCUCCUCUAUUGGCUUGGGUGGUAUGCAUUUGGUAUUAUUUAGAGUUGAACGGAAUAAUAGAUUACCUCCUACUAGUCUCUCUCCAGGGGACAUGGUUUGUGUAAGAACAUGCAAUAGCAGGGGCGCAGGUGCAACUUCUUGUAUGCAAGGCUUUGUUAACAAUUUAGGUGAGGAUGGCUGCAGUAUAACUGUCGCCUUGGAAUCUCGCCAUGGGGAUCCCACCUUUUCUAAGCUAUUUGGGAAAAGUGUGCGCAUUGACAAGAUACAAGGAUUGGCUGAUGCACUGACAUAUGAGCGCAAUUGUGAAGCAUUAAUGCUUCUUCAAAAGAAUGGUUUACAGAAGAAAAAUCCCUCUAUUGCAGUGGUUGCUACACUAUUUGGAGAUAGAGAAGUUAUCGCAUGGUUGGAGAAGAAUCAAUUGGUGGAGUGGGGUCAAUUGGAAUUUGAAGGGAUGAUGGUGAAUAAAAGUUUUGAUGAUUCCCAGCUAAAAACAAUUGCCUUGGGCUUGAAUAAGAAGCGACCUCUGCUAGUAAUCCAAGGGCCUCCUGGUACUGGAAAGUCAGGUUUGUUAAAAGAAUUGAUAACCCUUGCUGUUCAGCAAGGUGAACGUGUACUUGUGACGGCUCCUACUAAUGCUGCUGUUGACAACAUGGUUGAAAGGCUCUCGGGUAACGGAUUAAAUAUUGUACGGGUUGGAAACCCAGCUAGAAUAUCUGCAUCUGUGGCUUCCAAGUCCUUAGGAGAAAUCGUCAACGACAAGCUCGCAAAUUUCAAGAAAGAAUUUGAGAGGAAAAAAUCUGAUUUAAGGAAGGAUCUACGGCAUUGCUUAAAGGAUGAUUCUCUAGCAGCAGGUAUACGCCAGCUCCUAAAACAACUUGGAAAAACUUUGAAGAAAAAAGAGAAGGAAACCAUAAAGGAAGUACUUUCAAGUGCUCAGGUUAUACUUUCCACUAAUACUGGAGCUGCUGAUCCCCUUAUCCGCAGAGUGGAGAGUUUUGAUCUUGUGAUUAUAGAUGAAGCAGCACAAGCAAUUGAACCAUCAUGCUGGAUCCCUAUUCUGCAAGGUAAGCGUUGCAUUUUGGCUGGUGACCAGUGUCAACUUGCACCAGUGAUUUUAUCUAGGAAGGCCCUGGAAGGUGGUCUUGGCAUCUCCCUUUUGGAAAGAGCGUCACCUUUGUUUGAUGGUAUUUUAGCUACAAAAUUAACUGUUCAAUAUCGAAUGCAUGAUGCAAUUGCAAAUUGGGCAUCAAGAGAGAUGUAUGAUGGUCUUCUGCAGUCUUCUCCAACUGUCUCUUCGCAUCUUCUUGUUGAUUCUCCAUUUGUCAAGGCUACAUGGAUUACUCAGUGUGCACUGCUUUUGCUUGAUACACGAAUGCCAUAUGGUAGCUUAUAUGUUGGUUGUGAGGAGCAUUUGGAUCUAGCUGGAACUGGUUCCUUCUACAAUGAAGGUGAAGCAGAUAUUGUUGUACGACAUGUCUUCAACCUUAUUUAUUCAGGUGUCUCUGCAAGUGCCAUUGCAGUACAAUCCCCGUAUAUUGCUCAAGUGCAGCUUCUAAGGGACAAACUUGAUGAAUUUCCUGAAGCCUCUGGUGUUGAGGUUGCAACCAUAGACAGUUUUCAAGGGCGGGAAGCCGAUGCUGUGAUUAUAUCAAUGGUCCGAUCAAACACUCUUGGUGCAGUAGGAUUCCUGGGUGAUAGCAGGCGAAUGAAUGUAGCAAUAACAAGGGCGCGAAAGCAUGUUGCACUUGUCUGUGAUAGCUCCACUAUAUGCCACAAUACUUUUUUGGCUAGGCUUUUGCGUCACAUUCGGCACUAUGGGAGAGUGAAGCAUGCCGAACCCAGUUCAUUUGGGGGUUCUGGGAUGGGCAUGGAUCCAAUGCUACCUUCCAUUGGUUGAUUUGUAACUUUCCUCCUCCCGUGGGAAUGGUUGCUGGAAUAUUCACAACAUGAUUUCUUUGUAAUAUGCAGAACAUGAUUCCUUUGCUAUGUUCCAUGUUUUGCCAGCAGUCUUCACUUUGUACCCGGUUGUUCAACUUUUUGUUGUAUCUAUAAGACUGUUCAGGGGUGAUCAAUGUAAAUACGGUUUCUUUUACAAAGCAA